AGAAAAAAGAACGCUGAGCGAGUUGCCGGACCCGCUAUUGGUGUUGCGUAGGUGCAGUUUUCUGUGUACACGAAAGGGGUGUGCUUCUCGUUUCCUUUGUUGUUGUUGGUGUCUCCCACCUGCGUUUGGAGGUUUCCCGCUGCUGUAGGCUCUGCUUCGUGAAACACUGCGCAUUUUGCCAACAAAAAGACAUUUGCUGGCUUCCCCGUCGAGCAAUCAACGUACUAGUGUUUUUGUUUUUUCUUCUUAGUGUGAUGCUCCGCUUCAGAACACUCCCGCCUGUUCACGCCUGGGCAGCCGUGCGCUGUGUCUUCCAAAGUAAGGAAUUUCUCGCCGCUUCGAAGGAGCUGCCGACGACGCCGGAGGGGCGAAAUCCGUACGACGUGCUCGAGGUGACCGUCACACAAGCCACGACGUUGGAGGACAUCUCCAAGCAGUUCCGCAGUCUCGUCGUGAAGUAUCACCCCGACAAGCCCGGCGGCUCCACCGAAAAGAUGGCAGAGGUCAACCUGGCUCACAAAAUUAUCAAAGAAAACCACGAAAGCGUGCUGCGCCGCAUGCGGGAGGCGGAGUCGACGGUGAAGGCUAACGAGGCCUACCGACAGCACAAACACGCCCGCGCCAGCCGCGACGAGGAUUUGGGGCGCUCGGGUGGCGUGCACCGCCGCAACGCCCGCGCAGCCCGUGAGGCGGCCGAGGCGAGCCGGCCCCGCCACGCCCGCUCCCUGAGGGAGAUCGAGGCACAGUGGGAGAAGUACAAGGAGGACACGGAGGCGGCGGUGAGAAGCAUGUGCAACCGCUACGAGCUCGCCAUUCAGCAGGGAAAGUUCUUCCGUAAGUCGGCGACGCUGAACGAGAUGACCGUGCGUGAGCGCUGGCUCCGGAAGUCGUUCUUGAAAGGAGUCUGGGAGGACGUGCAUGAGCUUCGCGGAGAGCUGCUGCGACGCGGGGCGCGUAGCGCUCAACAGUCUGAGUUGGCCGAGGAAAUGGUCAGCUUCGCCUCGACAACGCAGCGCAAGCUGAACGAGGACUUCCAGCGACUCACGCAGGAGAGUGUGCAGCUGCAGUCACGCAUGUUUGUCGAGCGAGCCUUUUUCAUUGUCUGCGCAUUAAUUCUGUUUGUCAAGUCGUGGAAGUGGUUUGUCGGGUUCACUUUCAACAACACCCUCACCGUGCGCCUGAGGAAGGGUCUGCUCAGCCAGUAG